AUGGCUGGACACUCUGAUACCGAGCUGGACAUCUCCCAGUUGUGUGAAUGUGCAGACAUCAUAGUGGUAAGCAAUCAUCAAUCUGAAACGCAAAACCUUCAAAGCGACUAUGAAAACCUCACUGCUGCACAAAAACAGCUCCAGACCAACUACAAAAAUCUGACCAAAGUGGGAGACCUGUUACAGACCAGUUAUGACACCCUGACCAAAGAGAGAGACGCUCUGACUCAAGAGAGAAACCAGUUACAAGGAAAUUAUGAAACCCUGCGCACUGAGCUAGAUGCUCUGACUAAAGAGAGAGAUGCUUUGACUAAAGAGAGAGACCAGCUGAAGGCUAGUUCCAACAAUUUGAUGACGGAGAAAGACCAGCUACAGAGCCAUUAUGACACCCUGACCAAAGAGAGAGAUGCUCUGACUAAAGAGAGAGACCAGCUGAAGGCUAGUUCCAACAAUUUGAUGACGGAGAAAGACCAGCUACAGAGCCAUUAUGACACCCUGACCAAAGAGAGAGAUGCUCUGACUAAAGAGAGAGACCAGCUGAAGGCUAGUUCCAACAAUUUGAUGACAGAGAAAGACCAGUUACAGACUAGUUAUGACACCCUGACCAAAGAGAGAGAUGCUCUGACUAAAGAGAGAGACCAGCUGAAGGCUAGUUCCAACAAUUUAAUGACGGAGAAAGACCAGCUACAGAGCCGUUAUGACACCCUGACCAAAGAGAGAGAUACUCUGACUAAAGAGAGAGACCAGCUGAAGGCUAGUUCCAACAAUUUGAUGACGGAGAAAAACCAGCUACAGAGCCGUUAUUAUACCGUGUCUGCACGUCGAGAUGCUUUACAGCUGGAAGUCGACCGUCUGAAACUCGUGCAAAACUGCCCCCAAGGCUGGGAGAAGUUUGGCUGCAGCUGUUACUACGUCUCAUCUGCGUCGAUCACCUGGAGCGAGAGCCGUGAAGACUGUGCAAACAAAGGAGCUCACUUGGUGAUCAUCAACAGCAGAGAAGAGCAGGCGUUUCUCAAUAAGUUUGCAGUCAGAGCUUGGAUUGGUCUGUCUGACAGGGAAGAUGAGGGAAAGUGGAAAUGGGUAGAUGGGAGUCCUCUGGUGGGUGAAGCGUUUUGGCGAAAAGGGGAACCCAAUGAUCAUUCAGGGAACGAGGAUUGUGUAGAGCUGACUGGUGUAGAGUAUCAAUGGAAUGACAUACUUUGCACUCAGAGACAAUCAUGGAUUUGUGAGAAUGUUAUUACCAAUUAG